UCCUGCGGGCAAGUCUAGAGAUGGCAGCGAGGGGGGUGGAGCCCGCGAGGGGAGGCAAUUGGUUUGGCAAGGGCCCACGGAGGGAGCGAGCGGCCGGGCAGGCGAGCCCGCAGCCUGCUGUCCGCAUCCCAUAGCCCGCAGCCCGCAGCCCGGAGGGGGGCAGGCAGCUGCGGCGAGCUCGCCCGGGCCGCAGCGGGGCGAGGGGUAUACUGGGCGUUGGCCCCGGGGCAGGCGCCUGCGUCGCUGACUUGGUUGCGGCAAGGACGCUUCUGCGUUCCGUGCGCUGGAUGCGAACCAUUCAAUAGCUGGCCUCACGGGCAAGAGUCGCGGGAGCUACAGCGGCGGCUGGAGGGAGGCGGCGGCGUCAGUGGCGAUGGUGGUGGCAGUCUCUCUAUCCCAGAGGAGCCCAGAGUGGAGACGCAACAGCUCCUGAGGCUCCCGAUUGUUUUUUGAGGGUGAUUCAUCACUGUGGCCCCCAAAGUGUCUAACAGAGCAGGUGCUUGGUGGUCUGAGGAUACCAUGACGGUCACAGUGGUAUAUGAUAACUCUGAGGCAACGGAGCUCUGUGCUGCUCAGCACCUCUACCUCAAGCCCAUAGCAAAAUUGAUGAUCAGUGUAUUGCUCCCAGAAAGUCUAGAGCCUGUGAGGCCCUUUUCUAACUGGGAAGUUCUUGACCAACUAAAGAAUCUCAUUUGCCCUGACCAAUUCACCACAGUUCGGCUCUCUAAAAGUACAAAGGACUUCAUCAGAUUUGAGGGUGAGGCUGAAACCCGAAGUUUGGUUCAGAUCCUGAAGGCAAAGUUACAUGGGAAGAUCAUCAAGCUAAAUGGUUUGAAAACAGACUUAAAAGUAGUGGCUACAGAUGCCCAGGGAGAGUGGGAACACUUCCCUAAGGAAAAAGAGGCCUCAUUAAGUGAUGGAGCUGAAGAGCAGGACUAUGAUAAGAGCCCAGAUUCCAUAUACUUUGAAGGCUUGCCCUGUAAAUGGUUUGCACCUAAAGGUUCCAGUGGGGAGAAGCCAUGUGAGGAGAUCCUUCGGGUAGUCUUUGAAAGUUUUGGGAAAAUCAAGAAUGUGGAUAUCCCUAUGCUUGACCCCUACAGAGAAGUGAUGACUGGUGGGAGCUUUGGGAGUUUUAGCUUUGGUCUGCAAACAUUCGAGGCCUUUAUCCAGUACCAGGAGUCAACAGACUUCAUAAAAGCCAUGGAGUCACUUCGAGGAAUGAAGCUGAUGCUUAAGGGAGAUGAUGGGAAAGCUCUGGCAUGUAACAUUAAGGUUAUGUUUGAUACAACCAAACACUUCAGUGAAGGAGCUAUAAGGAAGAGAAACCAGGAAAGGCUAAAAUUACAACAGCUGGAGGAAGAAAGAAGAAAAGAAAAGAAAAGAGAAGAGGAAGUAGCUGAAAGAAAAAGAAAAGAUGAAGAGAGGAAAGCCCAGGAAAAGAGGAAGAAGGCCAGGGUCAGGAGGAGAGCUCUGAAGGAAAGGGGAAGCCACCGGCAGAGGAAACAGAAGGUGAAAACCAAAGCUGAGGUGCCUCAGGAACUGGACUCUUCAGAGGAGUGGGAGGAGAGGAAGUACCUGCUGGCUCAGAGGCGGGUGGAGGCCCUUCGGUUGCUCCAUGUCCUCCUGAGGAAAAUUUCAGUAAGGCUGUUGUCCAAUUGUUCUUCAAUUUGGGGAUCCACAACGUUUUGCCUACAGGAGGUUGAUGAUACAGGCCCUGAAGCCAGUCAUACUCCAGGGAACACACUAGAAACUUGGAAGGAAGAAGAGUUAAAUGCUCAGCAUCUUCCAAAUCAAGAAGAAAUGCCAGAAUAUCAGGUUGCCAAGUCUGACAAUAAACAAAAACGAAAAAUGAGGAAAAGUACUAGGAGUCGCUUACAUAAAUCUUCCCAUUGUCUUGGAGGAAAGAAAUUAAGAUACUCUACUGGAAAAGAGAGAACAAGAAAAUUAUUAACUGACAGACACAAUUACAGCUUGGUCUCUGACCAGGAUUCCUUGCAAAUGACAAUGAUUGAAGGUCAAUCUCUUGAAAAUGAGGACCACCACAGUUCUCAUAAACCCUGUUCUUCCAGAUUAUCUGAGAGGGACCAUGGCAGAAAACAGAAGAUCUAUGAAACAGAUGAAUUUAUUGACUAUUUAUUAAAUUAUUAUCAGACUCCAAAAUAUGCUCGUAUCUGCCUAGAAGCAAGUCACAUAACAAGUACAUGUCAGUGGCAGAGGGAUGUCCAUGUUAAAGGGAAUGGAUUUCAGAUCAGUUUGAGAAAACAAAGGCAUCCCUCAACCAAUUUGAGCCAAAUGGAAAACCUGGAAAGAAGAGAACACACCCAGGACGAUGAUUACUGGUCAACGGUUUGCAUACAGGAUCCUGAGCACAAAUCACAAAAGAGAGGAAAAGUCGAUUAUAACAAAGAAUGUGCUAAGAGAUUUAAAAAUGAUUGCAAGGAUACAGCCAGUGAAGCUGGUGGUGAACUGUUCCCAACUGAUGCAAAGUGGCAUCUCUUGGAAAAGACUCAUACUCACCAAGCCAGUGAUUCCAAAUCCACAAAGAGACAUCAAGUUUCCUCACCUUUCAGAUCAGUAGCCUUGGAUUUGCAGUUGACAGAUUUCUUAGAGGAAAUUAGUAGUGAUUCUGAGUGCUUCAGUGAAAUUCUUAGCAUAAAUGAAGAGGAGAAAGAGGAAUCUGUGACCAUAUAUCGUAGCUCCCCUAAAGAAGAAACUCUUGACAAUGAUGAAAUCAUCACUUGUAAACAAAAAUCUAGGUCAAGUCAGCAGACCUUGCAUUCAGAGUGGAAACAUGAUGGUGAGGGAAAAUACUCCAAAUACAAGCUUGGGACACCAGGCAAGAGGUCUAAGUAUGAACCAAGAUACUCAUGGCUUGAGGAUGAAAGCAGUUCUAUUAGAGAUGAGAAGAGCAACAGCAAAAAGAGGGAAAAAUUAACAUCUAACUACUUGUUUGAAGAAGGCUACUACCAUGAAUUCAGUUCCAGUGAUCAAUUAAAAGAAAUCACAAGGAAGAAGAGGAGGGUUAGCGGUAGAAUUUUGGACCACAAAGUGAACUAUAGACCCUCUUAUGUGCCAAUAACAUCAUCAAAAAGUUCUAAUGCUUUAUAUUUGGGAUAUUUUCCCAAAAGAAGAGAUAGUUCUUGGAAGUCAGAAUAUAACCAGGAUGCAAGAAGGCUUAAAAGACAUGAGAAUUCUAAAGAUUUCAUGCUCAAUUCUGAUUAUUACAUUAGGCGUAACAGUCACGAGCACAUUGACUAUGGAAGCUAUUUAGGAAACGACUACACUAGUCCUUUAUAUUUUCAAAUGUUUUGAUGGGAAGUUUGAUCAGGAACACCCAUAUUUACAAUAAACAACUCAUAAACAGAAAAAAUUUUAAACCAAAUAUAGCUAUGUAGUUAGCAACUACAGAGCAAGAGCUUGCACAGGGUCAAAUGCAAACCCUUGCCAAAGUUUAAAGCAUAGAUCAAAAUGACUGCAGGUGUGUUGGCAAGCUUUAGAAAUAUAAAACCUCCAGAUUCUGAAGCUUGGUAAAACAAUGCACUUGCAAAACUUCAAGAUAAACUUUUUUUUUUACAGCUUUAAUUUGGUGCCAGUGAAGGAGCAGAUUAACAUUGAGAUAGCCCUCUAUGGUUCUUUAGCUGUCACAUCAUCAUCAUCAUCAUCAUCAUUAUUCAUCUUCAAAAAUGACAGUAGUGAAUGAAUAAGGGUCCUUUUGCAUGUUCUUUGAUUUGGUCAGAAAUAUCACACACAGUAAAAAACUGUAUUGACUCUUGUUUAGUAAUUGUAGGCAAAAAGAGAGGUAACAGCUAGAAUAUGUUACAGACAUCUUCAUGAUAUUAAAGGAUUUCAUGAGCACCCACCAGAAGUAAAUUAAUCUUAUUGAUGUGUUCAUAGUAGUCAAAGAAUUGUCCUUUUACAGACAAAGUUUUGGAAGUAUCUGAAAGGGGCUAGGAUUGUCCUUUGAAGUUUAAACAGUCAGGGGCUCAUUAGCAGAGUUUUAAAAAAUGAUCCCCAUGUCUUUCCAUCCUAUAAAAGCAACAGGAUUGAAGUGAUAUAACCAGGGAUAUUUCCAAAAGGAAAUAUUGAAGGUCUUAGGGGCACCAAUAAUGGCACUUGGGAAGAGAGCACAUGAUAGGUAUUCAGUUUCAAGUUAUGUAAUCCUUUUGCUCAGGGUUGGGUGACAUCAGUUUGUAAAAAGUCACUGAGUAUCCCCAAAAUGACUUUUAUAAAAUAGUAACAAGUGCCUCCUCAAUCCUCAGUAGUGCCAUGGAGUUAGGAAGAUUUUAAGAGAAAAGGCCAUAGUUUUCUAGCUGUGGAAAAAUUGUAUGUAUACAGGAUUUGUAAACUCUAACAUAAACAAUUUAUCUUUUUACUUGUUUUGGAUUUCUUAAAUAUGUUUUUAAAUUGAGAUAUUUUAUAGAUUCUUAAAAAAUUACCUCUUAGUGCAGUGCAUGUUCUAUAAAAAGCUUGGCUGAUUUAUUCUGCCUUAUAUUGGAUUUAGGGCCUCAGGGGCAGUAAAUGACUUUAUUUUCCCAACAAAGCUAUACCUGACCUGGCAUUUGAAGACAUUAGUGAGAUUCAAGAUUGCCUGUAACAGGAAAAGGUGAUUUUAAUCCACAGAAGUAGUGGAGAACAACAUUUUCAUAUGACACAAUUCAUUUCACAGUCUUAAAUUGGUAUUCUGUAGAAAAGCACCAGCUAAUAGAACCAGGUAGGAUGCCAGUCAGUGUGGUUAUCCAGAAUAAUGCCACACAGUGUGUGCCCAUAACCAGCCUCUUGAGCAACCUGGUAUCUGAAGUGGCUACAGAACCUCAUUUAUUUAAAGUAGAAACCACAAAUUGUUUCACUGAUCUUCCUAGUCACAUUUUAAUAGAGGUAGUCAGGAUGUGCAAAACCUCAGAAAUGGUUGUAUCAUCAGAGAUCAUGAUUAUUACUAGUAAGAUAAGAACCUAUUAUUGGCUCUCUUGUGUUCCAUCCCACUUUCAAGCCAGUGACUGUGCUGUGAAAACGAGGUUUGACUUCUGAAAUCUGAAAAAUUGCUCUUGGGGUGAGUGCCUUUUCUCCUCUGAGGACUAGCAGCGACCAUUCAUGUUCAAAGUACCAUCAUCCAGAGUAGCCUUUUAAACUACUAACUGCUGGUAUUUUGUCAGAAAAUUUUCUGGUAACUAGGUAUUAUUCUCCAGUGAAAACCUGUCUCCUUAUUUUUUCAUGAUUUAUGCCAUUGAAACAAAAAAAAUUAUGAGUUUGUGUUGGAAAGCGGGAAGGCUGUUUUGAAUUUUUUUUUUAUGGUGCUGGGGAUGGAACCCCUACCACUCAGCUGCACCCCAAGCCCUUCCGUCCCUUGAUAAUUUUCUUUGCAGUUUCUUUUGGCAUGGAAAUAAUUUUCUGCUCAGUAAAGAAAUAAAAAUAAAUUACAGAAUACAGUAUGUGCAUUUUUUGUAUAAUAGAACUGGUGCUAAGUCAUUUUUAUAUAACAUUUUUGUCUUGUUUGAUUUGUUUGCUAAAAACCAUCCUCAGAGCUAGGAGAAAGUAAAAAUACUGGUUUUAUGUUGACAUCCUGAACAAGCCUGGAGUUUUAUACCUAUCUCGUGGUAAAGAAUUCUAGAUUUGGGUCAGCCUCUUCUUUGUGUGGGGCUUGAAUGAGGAAGAGAAUAACUUAUUCUGUACUUUUCAAUCGAAUGGCUUAGUAAGGAAUGAAACAGAAUUGAAACCAUUAUAAUCAUUUUCUCUUAAUUAAUAUUAUACUUUGUUGCACUGUUAUUUAAGUGGUAUGGAUGUAUUUUCUCAUAUCUUUUUGUAUGUCUUAUUAAAUAUGGCCCUGAAUUUUAAACUCUGUCUUUUAAAAUAGGUGUUUUCAUUGUAUAUGCUGCUGAUAGUGCUGUAAGAAAGCUAAAAAUCUGUCAAUGUUUUUAAUUCAUUUAAAUUUCUCAGGUAGAAGGCAAUGUAACCUGGUAAUAUUGAAAAUAGAACCAAAUAAAUAUAUUUUUAUUUGUUGCAAAGCUAAUUAAAAUGUUCAUUUCUUUUGCUGAUACUUCCAAGGAAGGGCAGUUUCUACCUGUAGUAUGGGAUGCUUCAUUUUACUAAUGUUGUUCUUCUGUAAUUUGCAUUGUUAGAGAAAUAAUACACUUAAUUUUCAUAUAUAUUAAAAAUAAAAUUGCUGCAGUGACCAUUAAACUUUUGCUCAUUUACCACACGUAUUGGUUAGAAUGUCACAUAGCCAUAAUAAUUUUGUGGAAAUAUAGAUGUCUAGUUUUAGUAUUAUUUUUAUGUAAUUUUUUCCCUUUGUGAUGAGAGUUUAUGGGAACUGUCAGAGUUCACAGAACCUAAGAACAGAAUUUUGUUUUUACUUUGGAUGGGUUGAAAUUAUAUCUAGAUUUACAAUCAUCUUUCAGUACAUUUUAUCAAUGCUAUUAAAAGGUAGCAAAGUUGACAAUGGAAUUUCACCUCAUCCCUUAAGUACUAGGUAAUAAUUAAUUAUAGGUUCGGGAUGGGGAGUCUAGUCAGAGAAAAUAAUAGCAUCAAUAAUCAGUCUUUGAUCACUCAAGAAUUAACCGUAUUUAUACAUGAAAUAAACAGCAAACUUAGUUUAAGUAUUAUGUAACAAAGGCAGACUGUACCUUAAACUCUGGGUACUCUAGAGCUGAAAUGGUACUUGUUGGAUUCAAAGAGCUCUUUCUGAAACAGUUAAGGCAUGUUAUGAAUGCUGGUUCUUUACCAAGGAUUUACAUAUAAACUUGGCCUAUGAGGUGAAGUGAACAUUACACCAUACUGAGAAGCCACAGACAGGCAGAUCCAGAAAACAUACAGCUGGUGCUGCUUGUGAAUCACCAAUGCUGGUACUGAGAACAGAGUCUGCAGCUGUUUGGAUGACAGUAGGUGAGGAGCACGUUAACCUGACACCUCCCUGGCUAGACUCCUGGUGGUGGUGAACAACCACUCUCUCUCAUAAUAUGGCUUCAUAUACCUAGCUGGCUAAGUUUUUGGCUGAAAGUCCUGCCUUCUAGUAAUAACCCUUUAUGUAAUCAACACAAUGUGUUAUGGAAGACAAGCUAUUGGACCUGAAGCUUGAACUACGCUCUGGAUGUUGUUCUCAUGGCAACAGGUAAACCUGUCUUGUGUAAAAGGAGUUUAAUCUUCCCAUCUAAAUGAGACCUCAGGCUGCAGAGGUGGCCCAACUUCUCUCUCUGACCAUUUUUCCAAAGGAUAAGGCAUAAUAGAGUGCCUGGCACCAAACAGGCACUCGAACAUUUGUUGAGUGAAAUCUAGCAGGGAGGGGGAGGACAUUAGAAAACAAGUGCAGUGUGCUUCGAUAACACAUAAAGUGAAAAACUGAGAUUUCUUUGGUUAAGGGAGUACAUCUCUCCUAAGAAAACACUGCCAAUUCCAAUGUUAAAGUGUCAAAACACUAAUAUUCAUGCAUGGAUAGGUUGUCCAUGUUUAUUCAACUGACUGUAUAUGGAACUGUUAUCCUUCUUUUGAUCUGAGGUGAAUUAAUAUUACUAUAAACAUUCCUGAUGCUUUCCUGAUCACAUCAAAGCAAAAACAAAACCUUUUCUCAGCAAUCUGUAAUAACAAUGCCUUCAGUAACAUUACUCUUUAAAACCUUGCUACAGACUUUAGUUUAUAAAGAGCUCUGACUUAAAGAGAAAGAAUUUGACAAGUCACACACAAAAAAAUUAACUUACUAUUCCUUAACAGGACAAAGUGAUUUUUGGUUUAUUGUGGGACUAUGAAGAUAUGCCCUUCUAAACUUGUUCCUUUUGGAAAUACAAAGAAUCCACUCAAUGAACAUGUAACCAUUCCCCAAGAUGAUUGUAAACUGCAUGAACUACAAACAU